AUUUUGUAACGUAGUAACCCGUCUACAAUUUUUGUAAACACGCUUGUCGGAAUACAUAAAUUCUAUACGAAUAGUUGAAUAGGCUAUUUAUUGCGGAAGUAAUGGCUUCCAAAAUUUAAUUGCAGACUGAUUUUAUUAAAGAUAAUUAAAAACCUGGAGGUUGUAAUAUCAUGAAUUUUAGUUCGAAUGAGUGUGAUAUGUGAAUUAAACUAUUAUCCGGCUUCAAUACUCUGUAUACAUCUUCAUUCUAUAAAAUAACUACAAAGAACAAAUUCUGCAGAAAGGAAUUUGUAAUGAGACUGUAUCAUGGUUAUUUAUGAAAUAAGUUUACUAUUCUGAACAUUAUUAAGAGAAUUUUAAGAUUCGUGCAUAAAUGCGUUUGAAUCGACAAUGAGUUGCGGUGGCUGUGGUUCAUUGUGUAUGUGAGAUUGAAGGAAGGGAUCGUAUCAUGGAUGAUGCUGGCUGCAACAGCGCUGUUAAAAACAAAAUGAAAGGUAAAAUACAAGACGAUGAGGACGAUUCCGAGGAGGAGGUGUGGGACAGCGAAGAUGACGAUGAGACCAUAGCGAGAAUACAACGCGCUCAUUAUGCGCAAACCGCGGCUAUGAACCCUCGGAGGCGGCCGGCGCCCCGUGCUAGGCCAAUGAGUAUAAAGAGGAAGAUGGAAGCUGUUAAAAACUUUCACGAUUUCACCAAGAAACUGAAGAAGGACACUGGUAUUAGAAUUCGUAGCUUAGUUGGCAACAAUAUAUUAGAGUUAAGUGACUUUUCAAGUGAAGAUAGUAACUCUGACAGUGACGGGCUUUCUGAGGAAGAGUUUGUGGUAAAUCCCAGUGCCGUGCAUGAGUUGAAUGAGGAGGAUGAAAGUUACAUUGACCCUGAGACAGGGGACAUUGUAAAAGCGAAAAAGGAAACAAAUAUUCAUCAGAACUCUACAGAAUUAGUGAGGCCUGAGCCGGAAGUUAAACAAGAGGAGCCAAAAACCCUCUCAAUAAGUGAUAUCAUUGAUGAAGGGGAUUUGGACAAUAAAAAUGUAGAAAUAGCAGAGAUAGAUGAAGGUGAACUCUGUUCUGAAAAGACUGCUGAGGAGCUGUUGGACUUGAAGAAUGAGGAGAGCAGUCAGGACUUUGACAUAACUGAGAAAUUAAAAGAAAUGGGUGAGAUAAGUGUGAAACCUGUCAGCAAACCAGAGGAGGAGAGUGAUCCUUCUAAAACAAAUGAGACUAAACCUGAUGAAGAGGAAAAGAAGCCAGCAAACCCCAAUGCCAUGAAUGUGCGUCGAAAUAUCAGGGAGGUGAUGGAUGAGAAGAACUUGGAUGCUUCAACACUGGCAGCCCAAAGGCAAGAGUCAGAGAGAUUGGCCAGGGUACAGGAACAACAGAGGAUCAUCAGAGAGGUACAGAGACAGAUUGCUCUGAACAGACAAAAUAAAAUCCAUCAAAAAACAUUAUCCUUAUUGCAAGGUGGAUCAUCAAUACUGAAGAAAUCUCUUCCUGGACAAAAGUUAAACUUGCCAAAUACAGUUUUAGUGAAGCUUCCAUCAGGUGAAAUGAAGAAGACUACAAUGAAGCAAGGGCAGGUAGAGGUGACAAAGAUAUGUAAACCAACAACAUCUGGUGCAACCCAACACAAAUUGGGAAAACCGGAUCAGAAGACUGACAAAAAAGAGGUAGUGGAAAUUGUUGACAGCAGCAGUGGUGAAGAAUCGUCGUCAUCUUCAUCAGAUUCUGAUGAUUGCAUAAUGCUAUCGGAUUCCGAAGUGCCUCCAAGUCCAGAGGCAGAGGAAGAUCCUAACAAUUCAGGGCUCCAUGUGAACGACGCCUACAACAUACCAGAUGAACAAGGCCGAGUAUUGAUCAAUAUUGGCCAUCCAGAAAAUGAGGAGGAUAUAUUUCUGGCGCCACAAAUUGCUAGGGUUAUUAAACCGCAUCAGAUUGGUGGAGUUAGAUUCUUGUUCGACAACAUUAUUGAGUCUGUUGAAAGAUUUUCGACAUCCACUGGUUUUGGAUGCAUAUUAGCACAUUCUAUGGGUCUUGGAAAAACUCUUCAAAUUGUGUGCUUCUGUGAUAUAUUUUUGCGACACACAAAGUCCAAAACUGUACUUUGUAUUAUGCCAAUCAAUACACUGCAAAAUUGGGUUGCCGAAUUCAAUAUGUGGUUGCCCCUGGAUGCGUCGAUUAGCCCGCUAACAGCUCAUGGCGAUGUGCGAGCAAGAAAUUUUCCCAUAUAUGUACUGAAUGACAGUCACAAAACUCUUCAAAUGAGAGCAAAAGUUGUAAAGGAAUGGUCAACGAGUGGUGGUGUAUUAAUGAUAGGAUAUGAGUUAUACAGACUUCUCAGUAUGAAAAAAGAUAAAAAACCUCGUAAGAAAAAAAAAGCAGAUCUUGAUAAAGAGAAGGAUAAAAGUGAAAGCAAACCAACAGAUACUGGGAAUGAGGACACACAGAGUUCUGAUAUCACCAAUCAAUCUAAAGUCCUAGAUGAACUGAAAUUAGACAAAGAUAGUGGUGACAGUCAAAUUAAAUCAGAAGUAGACGGCAAAGAUGACGUCAAGAAAGACGAGAAAAAGGAAGACACACAAACUGAUGAGGAAAAGAAAUUAUUAGAUGAAAUGUACGAAGCAUUAGUUCGGCCGGGUCCCGACUUAGUGAUUUGCGAUGAGGGUCAUAGAAUAAAGAAUUCGCACUCCAACAUAUCUUACGCUUUAAAACAGAUGAGGACCAAGAGAAGAGUUGUUUUGACAGGUUAUCCACUUCAAAAUAAUCUGCUAGAAUAUUGGUGUAUGGUGGAUUUCGUUCGACCUAAUUAUCUAGGCAGUAAAACAGAAUUUUGCAACAUGUUCGAGCGACCAAUUCAAAACGGCCAAUGUAUUGAUUCGACCCCACAAGAUAUCAGGCUCAUGAGAUAUCGUGCACACGUUCUUCAUUCGCUCCUCUUGGGUUUUGUUCAAAGACGUUCGCAUGCGGUUUUGCAAUCGACGCUACCACAAAAAGAGGAAUAUGUAUUGCUAGUGCGCAUGACUCCGCUGCAACGGAAACUAUACGACAGAUUCAUGAACGAAGUAGUGCGUUCCACUUCAGUACCAAAUCCGUUGAAAGCAUUUGCUAUUUGUUGUAAGAUAUGGAAUCAUCCAGACGUGUUAUACAAUUUUCUUAAGAAGCGAAGUGAAGCAAAUGCGGCUAUUGAGGAAGAUUUGGAUUUGGAAGAGCUGAGAGGCGUGACGAAGGCAGGUCGACCGAGAAGCAAUAAAGCGCAACCACGGCGGCCGACUAAACCUCGGGGUGCAUCCAAAAAACCGGCAGCAACAAUACCUCCCAAUACAACAGGAACAGUUGUACCGCGCCAGGAUUCAGGACCAUAUAGCAAUGUACCGUAUCCUCCAAACGGGCCCUACGGUCCCGCGCCUAACACCUACAGGCCUGAUCAACAGACAGGGGCGUUUCCCCCUUACCCGAACUAUCAAAACUCCGCGCCUGGAUACUAUCCUCCAAAUCAAGGAUACAAUCAAAACUACGACAACAACUAUUACCAACAGCAGCCGCCAUAUGGGAAUUACCCAAAUCAGUAUCCACCCAAUAACCCAGAAUGUGGGCAGGGUUACAACCAAAAUUAUUGGGGCAAUGGAAACUUUUUUGGAAACAGUGGUUAUUAUAAUAAUCCACAAUAUCAAAACAACCAACCACCACAUGAUUACAGAAGCAAUCCUCCUACAGAUUAUAAUAAUUCUCAACAUUUUCCAACUAAUUACAGUCAACCAUCAAAUGAACAGCCCUAUCCUGCCAACGCCAUGCAACCAUACACAAAUAAUACUGAAGGCUAUGUAAAUCCUCAAAGACCGCCUUACCAAGCCUAUCAUAAUCAAUCUGGAUACCAAGAAUAUAAUCAAAAUGCACCACAGGGUCCAUAUCCUAACGCCAAUGCAAAUGCUCACGAAUAUCCAAGUCAGCAAUAUCCACCUUAUGCUGGAAAUACACAAGGGUACAAUUCUAACCCAACACAAUUUAAUCAAUAUGAAAAUCAUUCUUCCAACUUUGCCGGUUAUCCUAAUAAUUUACCAACAAAUCAAUCUCCAGAUACAAAUGUGCCAAAUCAGCAAGUGAAAACAGAGCCAAAUGUUGCAUCCAAUUAUAAUGAUAUGAAAAUUGAACCAAAUUCGUCUGCCACAAAUUAUUCUACAUUUGGGUAUCAGUCGAAUUCACAAGGGUUUCCACAAGACCAAACAGAAAACAAUAGCAAUACCAACUUUCCCUAUCAAAACUUUUCACAACAACUUGAAACUAAAACGCCUUUGGGUAGUGCUAGCUCUGGCAGUCCUGUAACAUCAUGGCCUAUAACAGAGAUCAAGACUGAAGUGGACAAAUUUAAAGCGGAAGAGAUUAAAGCAGAAGUAAAAUCCGAAUCUGAUGGAGAGGUAAAAAUCGAAGACUUAGAUACUAAGAAAAUUGUGAAAGAUGAAACAAAGAAAAUCUCUACAAAAGAGAUCAAUGCUAUUAAGGACAUUGAACCCGAAGCUUCUAAACAAAAAGAAACAGAAGGUAAGACGGAAGCUGUUAAAAGCGGCAAGUCUGAAUCUGAAGAAGAACUGCCUAAAAGGGGGAGACCGAAAGGAAAAGCGCGAGAAGGCAAGAAAACUGAAAAGCCAAAACCUAAAAGCAAAGGCAAGGCUAAAGGAAGAAAAGAUAGGAAAACUUCAAAGGAUAAAAAUAAUGAGGAGUCUGAAUCUGAAGACAGUGAAAAGGAAGAGAAAAUGAAUAGAGAAGAAGAGUUAGCAAUGGUAAAGAAAGCAGAAGAAGUUACUUAUGAUUGGGCAGCUGAACUGUUAAAAGAUUAUAUUCCUGGCAUAAUUGAAAACUCUGCUAAAAUGGAGUUAUUCUUUUAUAUACUGAAUGAAAGUAUUAAAUUAGGAGACAGACUGCUGCUUUUUAGUCAAAGUCUUUUUACUUUAAAUCUCAUUGAAGAUUUUUUGGAGAGAAAUUACAUUCCAGGCACUAAUUGCUUAUGGGAAAGAAACACAAGUUAUUACAGAUUGGAUGGGUCCACCCAUGCUUUGGAACGCGAAAAGUUGAUAAACGAAUUCAACACAAAUCCACACAUAUAUUUAUUCCUUGUUUCUACUCGAGCUGGAUCACUGGGCAUCAAUUUGGUCGGGGCGAAUAGGGUAAUAGUGUUUGAUGCUAGUUGGAACCCAUGCCACGAUACUCAAGCUGUAUGUCGAGUUUACAGAUAUGGCCAGAAAAAACCUUGUUUCGUGUAUCGAUUUGUAAUGGACUGCUGUUUAGAAAAGAAGAUAUACGACCGACAAAUAAACAAACAAGGAAUGGCGGAUCGAGUCGUUGAUGAAUGCAACCCGGAUGCGGUGCUAUCUAUGAAAGAGAUCACGAAUCUAUGCUUUGACAACGAUGAGAAGGAAUCGGAAGCGAAAGAUUUAUCUGAGCACAAAGAUAAAUACAUUGAUGUUGUUAUGCAAGGUAUUAUAAGUGGACAUGGUAAAUUGCUAAGCAAAGAACCAUUCCAACAUGAAUCCCUGUUGGUUGAUAGGAAGGAGAAAAAAUUAUCAAGCGCUGAGAAAAGACUUGCACAAAGAGGUUACGAGUUGGAGAAGAAGGCUGCACUGGCGCCGAAGCCGACGACGGCGUACCGCACGGUGCGCGCGGCGGACGGGUCGCUGGUGCAGCGCCCGGUCGCCUCCGUGCGCCCCAUGCAGCACGGCGCGCGCUGGAUCCCCGCCGACGUGUGGCGCCGCCAGGGCAUGACCGCACAGGAGAUGACGUUGCCGUUAGAUGUUGUUAUACCUACUAACUCCGCGGAGAAGACGAACAUUGUAUUGAAAGCAGGCCAGCGUGUUAUGGUGUUGAAAUCGCCAAAAGGAAUAUACAUGCAGUUGGAAUCUGGCAAAAUUAUUGCUAUUAAAACGUCGUUUAAGGGACUGGGACAAAAGGGAGCGGACAAUAAAGAUGGAAAUCCAAUUGGGAAAAAAGUUUUAGGUAAUCGACCGUCGGUAAAUAUACCGGGAUCUUUGAAGAAUAAUUCAGCCAUAACUAUUACAUCUAAAAGCGGCCCGCGGCCUGGUUUCCAUAGAGUUAUAAGACCAUCAAUGAUUGGUCAAAAUAAAAUAGCAAGACCUAUGAUCCCAGGUCAAAAGAUUGCAGAGAUAAGAAAUAGAUUGGGUGAGAUGAGAUCAUACUCUUCUAUGCGUCCAAGAUCACCUUUAGUCCAAGGCAGAUUGAUGAGGCCUAAUUUACCAGGUUCUGUGAGCAUUACAAAAAUACCUAAGGAAACAAAAAAAUCAGACACUGAUAAUAGUGACUCAAAUACCAUAAACAAAAUGGAAGUGGACUCAGAAGAAGAAACUCAAGUUCUCGAUAGUGAUGAAGAAGAUGAGAGUAAGAAAGAAGAACCUAAAACAAUUCCACAAGAUAAGACCAAACUAGAUGGUAACACUGAGAGCACAAAACUAAAUGAACCCAGUAAAAUAAGCAAGGCUAAUGAAAUAAAAUCACAGGCAGAACCCAUUGUUUUAACGACUGAUGAAAAGCUGCCCCCAGAAGAGGUUUUGGAAAAGAAAGCCAUUGAAGACAGACACGAAAAUUCUUCAGAAUCGUCAAGAACUUUAGAUACUUUUAAACUUGACUGUACAGACUCCACUCGAGUUAUGGAACAAACUGAAAGAAAAAUAAAUUUACUUAAGAAUUAUAGACAUCAGCGUCCAGGAAGUCGACCUACGACGGAAUCAAGUCUGAGUCAAUUAGAAAAAACAGCAAGUGCUUUAAAUAAAGAAGGACUACCAGAUUUCCGUAAAAAUUUGGACGAUAUAACACAGUCUUAUUCUCCUAACAAUGAAGAUAGAUCUGGAGGUAAAACGAAAAAGAAGAAGUCGCCUACCAAAAUAGAUGGACCUAACGAAUCUCAAAGUAAUGAUAGACAAGUGAUGCCUAGCUCUGGGAUGUCGCAUAGCGUAUCUAAUCUCUUGGGCUCGGGCAAUAGUCAGCAGAAAAGUAAAAAGAAUGAUGCUAUGUGCUUGAAUACAGCACCAGUCGCUCCUUUGGAAAGUUCAGGAUCACAUCCUAGGCUUAUGACUCGUCCAGGGACGUCUGGAAUAUCGCAUGAUCCUUCGUUGCCACAUUCUCUUGGCCAAAAUAAGUCCCCUGUUAUGCCCUUGAAUAUGACACAUGGAGGUGUUAUGAGUAUGGGGGCCUCACCUACGAUAGGUGUCGUAGAUAUGGCCAAAUCUCCGAACCAGAAUAUACCACAUCCUUCGAAUCCAAUGGGCCAACCCAGUCAAGCGUAUCAUCCUGGCACACCAGCACCUGAGGCACCAUAUGGUCAAUAUCCAGGUUAUGGUAUGGGAUACGGCGCGUAUCCGAGUCCAGCCUACUAUGGCGGGUACGGUGGUGGCGCGGGUUACUACCCUGCGUACGGCGCGACGGCAAGCCCGGCCGGGGCGGCGGGUGCGGCGGGCGCAGCGGUCGCGGGGCUGGACGGUGCACUGCCCGCGCAUGCGCAUGCGCCGCUCCCCGCGCACGCGCACGCGCCCGCUCCGCCCUACGCGCACCCGGCCGCGCCCGCUGUGUACCCGCCGGAAUACUUACGUCCCAAUCCCCAGUGGUAAACAUCACUAAACCGAAACGGUCUGAUGUCAAACUAAAUGCUAUACUUAUAGGAACUGAAGUGACCGUGUGCCGGACGGCGAGAGUCCCAGCGAGUGUCGUGCGGCAAGUUUCGACAAAAUUUCGCUUUUUACUCAUGAAGCUUGCGAAUGGAAAACUGCCCGUAUUGUGUUUAACUAUGUAAGAUAAUAUUUGUCUGUCAAUAUUUGUCCACAUAAUAAAUUUUUGAUUAAACAAUUUUUAUAGAAUAUCUUCCUCUAGAAAGCAUAAGUAUUAGAUUAUUGUUACAACCUGAAUGCUUUUACGAGUACCAUUGCAUAGUUUUUUUUCUUCAUAUUUGCUCACAUAUUGGACUGUUAAAAGGUCAACGCCAAUAGUCGGAAUAAUGAUGAAGAAAACGCACUCGAUAUAAAUAAAAAUUUUACUUAUGCUCUUUGCAUACAUUCUAUUAAAAUAAAGCGCCCUGUGUUUUUUAAGCACCUCGAGGCUGUUUAAUUUUUUAUCGUAUGACUGUUUUUAUCGCCAUAAUUGCGAUCGCUACGUUUGAUCUGACCCUAAUAUGGCCUUUGGCGCUUACAGCAGUAAGUAGAGUCUUAUAAACAUAAAAAUAUAUACUACUAUGUUGACAUAGAUUGAAAGACACAAUUUUCAUAAUUGAAUACAUUUUAUUCGAUUGCACCGAAAUUCAAAACUGAUAUUGAUCUCCGUGAUAUUUUUUGAGUACUUACUAUGAAAAUUGAUGUAAAAUAAGACAAUGUGUGUGAUUAGCAGAAGUUCGAAUAUUCAAUUAUUGAUUGGAAUGUUACUGUGCAGAAACGUAAAUUAUAAUAGGAAAAUAAUGUAGGAGUAAAUUUGAAGUACAUACCUGGAUUCACUAGCGCGGAUGUUUGGAUGUCAGUAUGUCUACUGUGGCUAUGGUUUGAUCAAUGGAUGUGAUAUGCUACUAACUAGUGUAAGCGAAAUAUAGUCUGUACGAAGUAUUUAUCAAUUGUAAUAUUAGAUAGGUGCCCAUAGUGUGAAGUAUACUAUUGUAGAGUCUCAUUUAAUCCACUGUCCCGUGACACACAUUUUUACAUACAUAAUAAUGUAAGCAUAUGUAUAACGAUUUCAAUUCUGAAAGCAUUGUUUUAAAAUUACAAUUUCUCUUAUAGCUGGCGGCAACCGAAUGAAUAUCUUACUUUGAGAAGACUACAAGGUGAAACUACAUGGAUUCAAUACUUUUCAAAAUAUAUAUUUCUUUCAACUUUAAAAUUUGAUAUUGUAGUUCAAAAUGUUGGCAGGCGAGUCUCGGUCAGCAUACAAAAUAUAUAACCUGUACUGGUCAGAACAAAAGUCUGCAAAAUGAGUUUUUUGCAUCAGUAAAGGCUAGAUUUGGAAGGUAAUUCUUAUGAAUUAGAAAUUUAUGUAACAUACAUUGACAAUAGACGUAACAACGUCAAUGACACAUUUAAAAUUACCAAUUCGUAAGAGUUAUACAACAUAAAUCACGCGUUGCGCCGACACCACGUUGUAGUGGCAUUAGGGCAGAAAUAGCGGUUACAUACAGCAGUAUUAUUUCAUUGUAAAUGUAACUUUUGAAUGAGAGAUAGUGUUACCGCCUGCCAUUAUAAACUAGUGCUUUCAGAAUUGGCUUCGCUACACACUUAAAUUACUAUUUAUAUUAUCUGCCUAAGUUUUUGUUGAGCAAACUAUAAAUUUGUUAUGUGUGGAACUUAAGUUUUAUUUUUUUUACACUGGCGUGAUAAUAUUUUCAAAAUGAAUUAAUUUGAUUCUGUUCAAUAUAUGGUCUGUCAAUUUCUAUUUUUUCUUUGGUGUGUUUUCCAGUGGCAAUGUGUUGUCCCAUCGCGUUGCCUGUGUUCGUUGAAGAUUUAUCUAUCCGAUAUGCGUCGCGUCGUAUGCCAUAACACAUAUUUUUGUAAUCAUUUGCGUCUUCGCGUAUAUCAUAAUCACAUAAUUGCUGACGGUCUGCAGUUAUAAAUAACUGACAUCGCCUCAUAAUUGUCGGGAUAUAAUGUAAAACGAUUUACUUCAUUUCGACGUAUAUUAUCACAAUGUUUGUCCUUUCUAGCAGUAUUAUUUCUUCCUUCGAUAGUGAUAACAGAUUUUAAUUGUAACAAAAUAUUUAGAAUAAGAUUUAGGAUGUAUAAAAUUGCCUAAAGCAAUUGAAAAUACUUUGUUAAGAAUGUAUCCACUAGCUAGCAGCGCCCCUACAUGAUUAACUAAUAGUGUAGUGCAAUAUAACUCCGAGCUGUAAAUAAUACGUGAAAAUGAAUAUUUCACCAAAAUAAGACGGAUUUAUAUACGAUGGAAUAAUAAUUAAAAUAUGUUGCUUUACCAAGGAAUUGAAGGUAAUGAAUGACAACGGUUGAUAUGAAAUCUCAUUUUUUAUAAAUUAAAUAUUUAAGAGUCUCAGUUCGUCUUAUUAACAAUUCUUAUACGGUUAGUGGUCGCAUGUCUUAACUAAUUCAAGACUCGAUAUUGGUUUUAGCUGUCUUAGUUUUAAUAAUACGAUAAUUAAUCAUUGUUCACACCAGAUGAAAAGUAGAAAUUAUGCUUAUGAUUAUUAAUUACAUAAUUCUUUAUGUUAAUUGCCCUGUGUACAAAAACGGUAAAAUACUGUUCGAAGUGAUAUAUAUUAAACAUUGCAUUUUAAAUUGGUCAAAUAGUACUGUACUGACGAUAUCUAAUAAAGAAACCAGUAAACGGUAA